AACUCAAAAAUAGCAGAAGGGGAGACAGCGAUCAAGGGCAUUGUUCAUAUUGCUGGAGAUAGACAGUGGGGCUGGACGGCAUACUUUAUUACCAGUAACAUUUAGGGGUUUCUGACGUUUCUUUUCAUAUAAGACGCUUUUCUUUUUGUCGUUUGGCUAGGAGGAACUAAUGACCAUUAUUUUGUGCCACACGGAACUUGAAGUUGAGACAAAAGAUCAAUCAAGUAAACUAAAGUAACGUUACAAGUAACAACAGAUGUGGAUGAGACGGUGUUAUAAACGCGCAAAUGUUUAAAAACACCUUUCAAAGUGGAUUCCUAUCUAUCUUGUAUAGCAUUGGGAGCAAACCUCUUCAGAUAUGGGAUAAAAAGGUCAGGAACGGCCACAUAAAGCGGAUUACAGACAACGACAUUCAGUCGCUGGUGCUUGAAGUGGAGGGAACAAAUGUCAGCACAACCUACAUCACUUGUCCGGCAGACCCAAAGAAGACACUUGGCAUCAAACUCCCGUUCUUAGUUAUGAUCAUUAAGAAUUUGAAGAAGUAUUUCACCUUUGAAGUCCAGGUGCUGGAUGACAAGAAUGUGAGGCGGCGGUUCCGGGCCAGUAACUACCAGAGCACCACUCGGGUGAAGCCCUUCAUCUGUACCAUGCCUAUGAGGCUGGACGACGGCUGGAACCAGAUCCAGUUUAACCUGUCUGACUUCACACGGCGGGCCUACGGCACCAACUACAUUGAGACACUCCGCGUACAGAUCCAUGCAAACUGCCGCAUACGGAGAGUGUACUUCUCUGACAGACUGUACUCGGAAGAUGAGCUCCCUGCAGAGUUCAAACUUUAUCUACCCGUACAGAACAAAGCAAAGCAGUAAGGCAGCUGAAUCGAUUCUCCUCCCCCAUUCCAGAUGUGAAUUUUAUUUGCAGAUAGUCUACAUUUGUUUGAAUGUUUUUGCUUUGAAGUAUUUUGGAACCAUGUGAUUGUUUUCUCUGCACAAUAAACAUUUUGUAAUUCUGAGUAAACCCUCAAUGAUUGUGCAACAAAUGUAUCAUUAACAAGCACUGGUCAGUGUAAGCUCAUGGUUAUUACAUACAAGACAACAGCCAGGUUCCAGUUCCACAGGCAGGAUUUUAUUUAACUUGUGCAGUGACAGCAGUUGUACUGUAUCUAAUGUUACAAAACUCUUAGCACAGAGAACAUGAAAGAAACAACAAAACACAUGCCAUGUUCUGGAACAGUCUCCCAAGUGAUAGGAGCCGCAUGGAAAGCAACCUGCCCUCACCUACUUAGCCAAUCUGUCACGCUAGAUGGGACUUAAUAGAUUACAGAUCUGAAGUUGAAUUACAAUAUUUAGUAAAAUGUCACAUUUUGAGGGGAGGCUUUAAAAAUACCUAUUACCUGCCCAUCAAACACACUAAGGUUGAAAUUGUCAAUUAAAAUCAUGCCAAGUUAAAACGGAAUGUGAGGAUAGAAGCAUUAUUUCUUACAACUGUCCUGAAUGAAAAUAACAUGUACAAAAACAAGUCACGCAAUAUUUAUUUCCUACAACACAUAAUAGAAGCUGGAAUAAAAAUACUAAGCACUUUGGAGUAAGUAAAACAAGUGAAAUACAGGCUCGAUUUGGUUUGUGGCUCAUGUAGAGAUGUCGGGCACGAGUAGGAUAUUUGCUGAAGAAAAGCAUGUAAUUGAAACCAUGAAGGGUUGAGUGGGCUAAACUAGAU